AUGGCAGGACUGACAAUAAAUGUCGAAAAGAGCAAAUUUUGCAUGAAAGAAGUUCGCUAUUUGGGUCACGUAGUAGGGGAAGGUACCAUUCGUACAGAUCCGGAUAAAAUUUCGGCUAUAACCGAUUUUCCAACCCCGAGAUCUGUUAAGCAGGUGAGGCGUUUCUUAGACUUAUUAAAAACUAAUCGUAAAUUUAUAUGGACCAAUGAGGCCCAAAAAUCAUUUGAAGAGUUGAAAUCCAUUCUUAGCACAGCCCCUGUCUUGCAUAGUCCUGACUUCACACAGCCGUUUUUCAUACACUGUGAUGCAAGCAAGACAGGAAUAGGAGGAGUUUUGGUGCAAAAGAAUACGGAGGGUGACGAGUUUCCCAUAGCCUUUAUGUCUAAGAAACUCAACCAAGCCCAACGUAACUAUAGCGUCACCGAACAGGAAUGCUUAGCAGCAAUGCUUUGCAUCAAAAAGUUUAGAGCUUAUGUCGAGGGACAUGAGUUCACGGUGAUCACCGAUCAUGCUUCUCUUAAAUGGCUCAUGUCCCAAACCGACUUAAGCACAAGGCUGGCUAGAUGGGCAUUAAAACUUCAAUGUUAUCGGUUCAAAAUAGAGCAUAGGAAAGGCUCCCAGAAUGUAGUUCCUGAUGCGCUUUCGCGUACCAACACUGAAGAUCUCUCUGAGAUUCAUUGGUUAUCUGAAGUGGCGAAUACUCAAGGUGUUUUUGUGGAUUUGAAUUCCGAACAUUUUUCCUCAGAGGAGUAUAAAGAUCUUUUAAGGAGGGUUGAAAGUAACAAAAAUUUUACUCCCGAUCUAAAAAUAAUUGACGGCUAUUUAUAUCGACGAACAGAUCAUGCUGUAGGUGAUCCACUUAUUGACGAUUUGGCAUGGAAGCUCUGGAUUCCACCGAGCAUGGUUCCCGAAGUCCUUCGUAAACAUCACGAUGAUCCUUUGUCUUCUCACUGUGGUAUCGUUAAUAAUGAACUGGCAGAUAAACUUCUCAUUGGAUAUGCCGAGGUGAACAAUGCUCCCAGCAUACCAGCACUACCGGGCGAUUGUUGGGAAAAUUGGCUCGGACAUCAUUAUUGUUGCCAACUGCCGCUAAGUCAAGGAAAUACAUUUUUCUUCAAUUGUUUCAUUUAUCACAAGGACUAUAAUCCACAGUUGCUGCAAUAUGUUUUGUGUGAAAUAUUUCAACGUGAAAAUAAAAUUCGUUAUAUUUUGGCGAUUGAAAGUCCCGAGUAUCGCUAUAAAUAUGAUAAAGAUCGCCCAGAUUAUUAUUGCCUGCAAUCAUUCUCCCUCGUGUAUUAUCCCAAAUGUUUCAGUGCCAUCACGUGUCCAAAUACCCAACGGAUCUAUGUAAUCCGUCGUGAUGAUGUUAUACCCAAAAUGCGCUAUCGUCGUGCUUUACCUGAAGACAAUGAUGACAUUGUUGAUUUGGUAGAUCGAGAUCGUCCCGAUGUCAAACAACAAUUAGGUGAAUAUUAUAUAGCCGAAGAAUUGUUAUCGGAAUCUACAAAUAGUGUGCUAGUGAUAACGGAGAUUUCCCUCAUUACGGCUGGUUUCAUUUGGUUAAAUGGUCAUGUGGAUAUCUUGCACCUCUUGCAAAAUUAUGAUCUUGAUGCAUUUGGGAAUCUGAUUAAAUUCAAUCCAAAAGAACUAUUCAAGGAGAAGCAAAUUAUUGUAAACUCAAUUCGCCGACAGCCCAUAAAUAAACUUUUUAUUCAUCGAGAAAUCGAUGAGAUAUUUAAAAAUUUAAAUGAUGAUUAUUCCAACCCUCCAUCGGAUGAUGAAGAUUUACAGAGGAAUUCUUCUGAUGAAUCCAAUGUUAGUGACGAAAGACAACUGGAAUGUUUUGAGAAAUUGAUGAAAUUUGUUGAAAAACUCAAAAGUUAUGACUUCUAUGUGAAAUUGCGUAAACGACGUAAAAAUAUUCUAUACAAUAUUUCAACUGAAAAUCCCAAUGCUGCUUUGGAUGCACAAUCAAAUGUGUUUGUCAUACAUUUAUUUGGUUUGAUGCAACCACAUGAUCAUCGUAGAUUAUUUCGUUAUUUACUUACCGGGUUUGCUGCAUUUCCUCAGCGCAACUAUUGUCUGCUUUCAAUAUCGGUUGCCCAGCCGAUGACGCCGAUGUUAUUUGAAAUGUUGAAAUAUUUUAUUCCUGUUACCCCAAGACCAGGUUGUAAAAUCGAUGAACAUCUCUUCAUUACACAUCGAAGUGCCAUUUAUGGCGACAUCACGCUAUAUCGUGUAGAACCCGGUGAUGUUGAAGAUAUCAAACGGCUGCUAAGUGAUGAAGUACCCACCAUUAUGGCCAUGCCGAGAAGCACCCAGCAAACACGACGCUCUACCAUAGCUUCACGAAUGUUAUUUAGCAUAGCUGCCACAGAUACUUCCCACCUAUCCAUUAUUGCUGAUGAUGAGGAUCAAUUGCAAUAUGAUUUACGUAUUGUUCUGGCAAUUUUGGAGAAUAUCUUUUCGGAUCCUUUUAGUAAAUAUCAAGGUUUUAUUAUCAAGUGUGGAGAUUCUACCCAGGCGAAAACGGAAAAUGUUACAACGGGAUUUGUUAUAUUGAGAUCCUUUAAUUCGAAUGCCAAUUUGGAAAAACAUUUCCUGCUGCCCAAACUCGCCGAAGAACCAACACGUAAUAUGGCCGAAAUUAUGAUCUUGAAAUUACAUCCCCUGUUUCAUUUUCAAGCUGAUGUGGUGUUUCGUGAACUGGCACGCCAGUCGAAUUGUUGGCACUUUUAUCAUUUUCGUCCCACGCUCUACCAUUGCCUCUCAAAUGAUCUGUUGAAGAACAUGCAACCAUUGGAACCUCGACGCAACAAAAAAUUAUGGUUUGAAAGACCACAACAGGAGGCAGAACUGCCAUCUUCUCAGACAAAGUUCUCAAUGCCGGAUUUUGAUAUACAUCCCAUUGAUUAUGCCCAAGACCACUUUGCAGCAUAUCAAAACAAUCUAUCCCAUUCGGCGUAUUUUGGCCACACCAUGAAUAUUGUGAUUUUGGGGUUUACCGAUAUUUGCAAGGCCUUUUUAAGAUUAAUGAUUUUCAGUUGGCAGGGAAUGAAAAAUAUUUCCGAUAACUGCAACUGUUUACCCCAUGUACGCAUAACCGUGAUCUGCGAUCCUGGUGUUAUGGAGGCAGAAUAUGAAAACUCUUUCCGAUGCAGUAGCUGUGAAAACGAUGCCGAUUGUUGGGUAAAUUAUCGCAACUGUGAUGCAUUUGUUCGCGAUGUUACGGAACGUAUGGAUCUAAGGAAUUGGGUGAGGUUUGUGAGCGGUAAAGUCAAGGCAAUUGAUACAGAUAAUCACCUUGUCAAAUUGGAAUCGGAAUGUGAAAUUUACUAUGAAACAUUGUUACUAAUGUGUCACACCGAAUAUGGGUUACCCUCUGGAAUGAUCACCUCGGAAGAGUUGCCAUCAAAUUAUAUUGAAAUCAAUAGCAGAUUUGAUAAAUUACUUUUCUAUCAUCAGUUGAGAUUUUUUCAACGUGAUGUAUCCCGAAGUCAAUGUCGCAUUGUGGUCUAUGGUCUCCAUAUCAGAGCCUUUGAAUUUAUUAAUUUCUUAAUUGGGCAUGCGGUGCCGGGGAAAUCGAUUUGCCUUGUAAUGCCCCAUGAGAUGGCCAAUUUACAAAUGGGUCUAAUGCUGAAUGAUUCGAGUAUUGAUGUUCGAAUUGAGGCGAUACUUCGAGAAAUGAUUGAAGAUUUGGGUGUGACGAUUUAUGAACGCAUGAAUAUUGAGGAGAUUCAAUACGCGGGAGAUGGCAAAAUUAUUAAGGCCGUCAUGUUCCGCAGCUAUUUGGGAGAACAGAAAUUAUUACUGAAUUGUGAUUUCUUUGCGAGCUAUUGGGAGAAAUACCUAUCCGAUGAGAUGCAGGAGGUUCUUGAAGAAGCUGAAUUGGAUACCGAAGGUCAGCAUAUUUUAAUAAAUGAAAAUUACCAAACAUCCGAUCGAUGUGUCUAUGCCAUUGGUAAUUUUGUCAAGCAACGCAAUGAACCGAAUCAUCAGUAUCGUUUUGUUUGUCCACAGGAGGCAGCUGAAAAGAUAAUUGUCGCUUUGGGACUCCAAGCAAAUGAUGCCAACGCUAAGGAAGAGAAAUUUUCCAAACCCUAUCUCUUUCAAGCCCAACUACCGAUGGAGUUUUAUUUCUUUAAAAUCACCACACCCAAACGUUAUUUAGCCAAUCAUUUGGAUAAUGAAUAUGGAUUUCCGUUGAUAACCUAUUCGAAUGGAGAUUUUAGUCGUGUUCGUCUCAACGAACAUGGCAUGGUCGAGGAAAUUGUCAUUGUUACGAAAAAGAACAAGGACUACGAUUUCUUGAAAUUCUUUUGUGGACGACACGAAUUACUCCUCAAUAAUUUACGCUCACGUUGGUAUUUGAAAGACAUUGAAAGUUUUCUGGAUUUCUUUCAAGAACCCUGGGUGGAAUUGAUUAUGAAUGAUCACUUCGAAGAAUUGCAAAUGAUAAAUAAACUAUUGAUAUCACCCACUGCUGAGCAGGUUAUGAAAAUGCAAAACACCGAUCGUACGACGCGCCACAAAAUUAUGCGCAGCAUUUGUCAAGAUUUGGGUAUAACAAAUCAAUUGGAAUGUACUGCUUUGGAAUUUCUAAGAAAACAUCGUUGUGAGUUCUCCACAGACAUAGCCUUACCUGAAGAUUUUCCCAAGCCACCAACCAAAACAAUGACAGAUUUUUAA